GCUAGCUGGCUGGCUGCUGACAGCCAGCUUCCUGCUUUCCUCGGCAGAGACUUCAUUCUCAGGGGUCUGGUACCUGGUGAACGUCAACUCCGUGGUAUGCCCUGGCUCACCAGGCUACGCGGUCAUCAACAUGACUGAGCCCACCGCAAAGACGCACAGCCCACACAUCCUGACGGUCUUCCGCACUACCAACGCCUCGGUAGGCCUGCACUUCCAGGUCACGGAUGCCAGAGGUAAGGUCAUCACGGACCAGUCCGUUUCCUGGCAGAGUUUGGGGAGGGUUUAG